AUGCUACAGAUGGGCAAGCAUAAGGACUGUGUGCAGAAGAAGAGAAGGUGCAGAACUGCAAAAAUGUUUCGAAGACUUCGCAAAGCUUUGAGCAAGUUUUUCAGACCCCGCAGAAGGGAAAAUAAAAGCAGGAAGAACGAUCCACCUGUUCAACUUCCUGAAAUUCCUGAGAUUUUACUGACGGAAGAACCUGUGAAACUUCCAGAAUAUCCAGUGCAUGCAGCUACUCCUGCAGUAGAAGUUGAAAACAUUGUGUCAUCACAGGAGCACAAGGAUGUAAAGAGGAAUUCAUUAGAGAGUGUUGCACUCAAAUCUACUAGUGAUUCCAUCAGCAGCUGUGAAGCUGCUCUUAUCAACCCUCAUGGAACCCACCAUGAGAAAUCUGAGAAUAAGGAAACUUGCAGUGAUCAAGAAUAUAGUCAUAUAGAUAUCGUUAGCACUAAGGGAUUAGUGAAUGAAGAAGGAGACAGAAAGAAAGAAGAGAAUGUUGAAUUAGAAAAUGAAACACCAGAGAGUGAGGAAUUAGUGAGUGAAGGAGAAGUGGUAAAGGAACAACAGGGUGUAGAAAAGGAAACACCAGAGAGUGAGGAAUUAGUGAGUGAAGGAGAAGAGAUAAAGGAACAACAGGGUGUAGAAAAGGAAACACCAGAGAGUGAGGAAUUAUGGAGUGAAGGAGAAGUGGUAAAGGAACAACAAGGUGUAGAAAAGGAAACACCAGAGAGUGAGGAAUUAUUGAGUGAAGGAGAAGUGGUAAAGGAACAACAGGGUGUAGAAAAGGAAACACCAGAGAGUGAGGAAUUAGUUAGUGAAGGAGAAGAGUUAAAGGAACAACAGGGUGUAGAAAAGGAAACACCAGAGAGUGAGGAAUUAGUUAGUGAAGGAGAAGUGGUAAAGGAACAACAGGGUGUAGAAAAGGAAACACCAGAGAGUGAGGAAUUAGUUAGUGAAGGAGAAGAGUUAAAGGAACAACAGGGUGUAGAAAAGGAAACACCAGAGAGUGAGGAAUUAGUGAGUGAAGGAAAAGAUCGAAAGGAAGAAAAGGGAGAAGAAAAUAAAACACACGAGAGUGAGGAAUUAAUCAAUGAUGAAGGAGGUAGAAAGGACGAAGAGAGAGUUAAAAUAGAAAUUGAAACACCCAAGAGUGAGGAAUUAGUGUUCCAGCAACAGGAGAAGACUAAAGUGUCCAGAACAUCCAUCGAGGACUAUGACUUGCAGAAGUUACUUGGUGAAGGCGGCUUUGGAAAAGUAUACCUUGCCCAGCACAAAUCUUCUAAGGAAAAGGUUGCCAUCAAAGCAUUAAAGAAGGAAGGCUUACAAAGAUCCAAGCAUGUUAUGAGGCUAAAACUAGAGAAGACCAUCCUUGAAGAGGCUAAAAGAGAGAAGAACCCUUUCCUUGUUGGCCUAUAUGCCUCAUUUCAGACCAAACACCACUAUUGCUUGGCAAUGGACUACUGUGCCGGUGGUGAAUUAACCACCUAUAUGAAACCCGCAGCCUUUCCAAAGGAGACAGCUGUAUUUUACGCCGGUUGUGUUGUUUUAGGCUUACAGUUUCUGCACGAAAGACACAUUAUUCACCGAGAUAUAAAGCCAGAUAAUAUCUUGCUGGACCGUGAUGGCUACGCCAGGCUCGCUGAUUUUGGCAUCUCCAAGAAAACUAUGGGAUUCGACGGCAGAACCUGCAGUAAUAUAGGAACCUGUUACUAUAUGGCCCCUGAAAUCCUCUAUUACCAUAGCUACAAUAAAUCCGUGGACUGGUGGGCCAUUGGGGUGAUGAUUUAUCAAAUGCUCCUCCACAAGAAACCAUUUAAUGGACGUAAUAUAGAACAGAUUUUUAUGAACAUCAAAAACAAGGAGCCAAAAUUCCCAAAAAAACUGGAUGAAGACGCCACUAGUCUUAUACGUAAACUCUUGAGGAAACAACCAGACAUACGGCUUGGAGCAAGCGAACGUGAUGCAGAAGAACUAAAGGAAUGUUCGUUCUUUAAGGAACUGGACUUUAACGCCCUUUCGAAAAAACUCAUCAAACCCCCGAUCAUUCCCAAACAGAAAACACCCGGAUGUUUCCGUAGAGUAUUUUCUAGAGGUCCAAGACAGGCUGUAUUAUCAGGAGAACGAUAUAAACCAGCACUUAAAUUUGUGGAGAAGGAAUUAGGAAACUUUGCUUGUUCUCCACUUUCACAAUGAUGGAAUGCAGACCAUCUUCACCAGGGUUGGACUGGGGGAACCCCCUCUGUCCUCCCUUUCUGAGCCGGCGUGCUGUGCUGCAUGUGCAUGAGCGCCGCGUGUGUUGUCCUUUGUCAGGCAAUAGCAGCAGGAAGAAGGUGCGGAUCUGACCCACAAGGGCCAGGGGCCCACCGGGUUUUUUCCCGGAUGUCCCACCCGACACUGAAAUCCUGGAAAAGAAAAGGUACAGAAUAUCAUUGUGGUAAAGAACGGGACAUCGAUGUGGUCAAGAUUAGACUAGAAGAAGAGCUUACAAGGUGGCCAGGUGUAGAAGACAGG